CGACCUCUCUACCGAUCGAUCUACAUACAUAUAUAAAUUCCAUGGCGGGCGACCGGCCGGAGAUAGCAGCAGCACUCACCCCCAGCUAAGCAGCUAGCUGAGACCAUCGGCCGGCGAGGCGAAUGAAGAUGGGGAGAGGAGCCGGCCGCGCUCUGCUGCUCGCCCUGGCGCUCCUCCUCGCGGUGCACGCCACGCCGGCGUCGGCCGCCACCAAGUCUUACUUGGUGAUGGCGUGCCAACGGCCGGCCUCUUGGUCCGAUCUGCUCACCCCAGUCACCAGCCAGUUCCGGAUAUUCUACAUCUUCGACGCCAUCAAGGGGAUCGCAUUGCAGAUCGACAGCAUUUUCGUGCCAGCCCUCAAACUGCUCCCAGGGGUGGUCGUGAUCGAAGACAAACUUUACCAGGUUCAAACGACGCACUCAUGGGGUUUCCUCGGCCUCGAGGGGUUAGACGGUGAGCCGAUCAACGUCUGGAAGAACAUUGCCAACUUCGGCCAAGGAGUCAUCAUCGCCAACGUGGACACGGGUGUAUCUCCAAUAUCUGCAAGUUUCAGGGACGACGGCACCUUGCCCAAACCGGAUCGCUGGAGCGGUGGAUGCCAACAAGGCUACUCCGGCUGCAACAACAAGUUGAUCGGCGCCAGGGUUUUCAACGAGGGCAUCAAGUUGCUGAACAAGCAGAGGGGCAAGCAGCUGAACGAGACCGAGGUGAACUCGUCAUCGGACUAUGAGGGGCAUGGCACACACACACUGUCCACGGCUGGCGGCGGCUUGGUGCCUAAUGUCGGCGCCUUGGGCCACGGGACGGGCACGGCCAAGGGUGGUUCGCCUCGGGCGCAUGUGGCCUCGUACAAGGCGUGCUUCAGGGAAGGGUGCUCCGGCGUCGACAUCCUCAAGGCCAUACUUACGGCGGUGGACGACGGCGUGCAUGUGCUCUCGCUCUCCGUCGGCUCCCCCGCCUCCGACUAUGUCACCGACACCAUUGCGAUAGGAACGGCCUAUGCUGUCACCCAGAGGGUCGUCGUCGUCGCAGCAGGUGGCAACGAUGGCCCCGCGGCAGGCUCGAUCAGCAAUGUGGCUCCGUGGAUGCUCACCGUGGGCGCGAGCACCAUGGACAGAAUCUUCCCCGCCGAUGUCGUCAUCGGUACCAAGACUAUCACGGGACAAAGUCUAUCAAGCAGCACCGACCAGCCAUGUGCGAUGAUCAGCGGGGAGAAGGCCAAUGCUGCAGGCCAAUCUGCCGCCAACUCGUCGUUGUGCUUGCCUGGCUCCCUGGACCCUGCCAAGGUGAGCGGAAAGAUAGUCGUGUGCACGAGAGGAGGAGCAAACGGCCGAGUCGCCAAGGGGCAGGUGGUGAAGGACGCCGGCGGCGCGGGGAUGGUCCUCUGCAACGCCGCCGCCAGCGGGGACAACGUCAUCGCCGACCCGCAUAUCAUCCCGGCGGCCCACUGCCCCUACUCCAAGUGCCAGGAGAUCUUGAGCUACAUCCAGUCUACUGGAUCACCAAUGGGUGAGAUCCGAGCGAGGGACGCGGAGCUGGGUGUGAAGCCGUCGCCGGUGAUGGCAGCCUUCUCAUCCCGUGGGCCGAACACCAUCACUCCUCAGAUCCUCAAGCCCGACAUCAUCGCGCCAGGCGUGAGCGUGAUCGCCGCCUACAGCCAGGAGGUCUCGCCGACGGGCCUGGCUUCCGACGGCCGCCGUGUCGCCUACAUGGUAGAGUCCGGCACCUCCAUGUCGUGUCCGCAUGUGGCCGGCAUCGCCGGCCUGCUCAGGUCCAAGUACCCGAAAUGGAACCCAAACAUGAUCUACUCCGCCAUCAUGACCACCGCCACCAGGGUAGCUAAUGACGACACCGGGAUCCGGGACGAGACGGGCGGUGCCGCCACGCCGUUCAGCUACGGCUCGGGCCACGUGAACCCGGUGAGGGCCCUGGACCCGGGCCUUGUGUACGACACCACGACGCACGACUACCUCAACUUCAUCUGCUCCAUGAGGCCCACCGACACCGAGGGCCUCCUCCCUGUCUCCCUCCCGCUCCCGCUCGAGAAACUCUGGACCGUGCUCAACUGCGUGUUCCGCGGCACCGACUCCAACCCGUUUGAGUGCAGCAAGGGCGCCAACCGCCCCGAGGACCUCAACUACCCGUCCAUCUCUGCGCCCUGCCUGCCCUCCUCCGGCAGCUUCACCGUGAAGCGUAGGGUGAGGAACGUCGGCGGCGGGGCGGCGUCGUACACGGUCCGCAUCACGCAGCCGGCCGGGGUGACGGUCACAGUGAACCCCAGCACGCUGAGCUUUGACGGUGAGAAUCCAGAGGAGGAGAAGCAUUUCAAGGUGACGCUUCAAGUCAACAACCCCGUUGUGGCCGCCGACUACGUGUUCGGCGGCAUCGCAUGGUCGGACGGGAAGCAUUACGUCUGGAGCCCCAUUGCGGCCACCACCAAGUGCGAAUAGCGUUUGGAGUCGAUCGAUAUCAGCAAUAAAUCAAGGGAUCACCUAUUUAACACAUGCGCAUGUUUGUAUGAUUGACAAAACAGAGUGCAGUAGAGAUAUGGCGCGAGCAAACAUGUUCCGCUAAUACAGUACAAAGAUAAAUGCUUGUGAGAGUUCAAGCUCUCAAUUAUUUUGGGAGAACUUAAUGCGCUAUAUUUAUAUAUCUUGCCUAA